CCGCGGCCCGCCACGGCCCGCCGGGUGCUGUGAGCGCGCGCGCCCCGGCCCGGUCCUCGUCCCCCGGCGCUCGCCCGCGCUCGCCCCGGCCGGCCCGCCAUGCCGCCGCCGCCCGGGCCCGCCGCCGCCCUGGGCGCCGCGCUCCUCUUGCUGCUGCUGGCCUCCGAGGGCGCGCACGCCGUGAUGCUGCGGGCGCGCGAGGCGGCGCAGUUCCUGCGGCCCCGGCAGCGACGCGCCUACCAGGUCUUCGAGGAGGCCAAGCAGGGCCACCUGGAGCGGGAGUGCAUUGAGGAGCUGUGCAGCCAGGAGGAGGCCCGGGAGGUGUUCGAGAACGACCCCGAGACGGACUAUUUUUAUCCAAGAUACUUAGACUGCGUUAGUAAAUAUGGAUCUCCGUACACAAAGAGCCCAGAUUUUGUUACAUGCGUUCAAAACCUGCCUGACCAGUGUUCCCCGAACCCCUGCGACAAGAAGGGGACCCAAAUGUGCCAGGACCUCAUGGGCAACUUCUACUGCCAGUGCAGGGCCGGCUGGGGCGGGCGGCUCUGUGACAGAGAUGUGAAUGAGUGCAGCCAGCAGAACGGGGGCUGCAAUCAAAUAUGCUUCAACAAGCCGGGCAGCUUCCACUGCGCCUGCCUCAGCGGCUACGCCCUCUCCCCCGACGGCAGGACCUGCCGAGAUGUGGAUGAGUGUGCAAAUGGAGGUGCCUGUGGGGAGGCGCGCUGCAGGAACCUGCCAGGCUCCUAUUCCUGCCUCUGUGACGCGGGUUAUGCGUUCAGCUCCCAGGAGAAGAUCUGCCAAGAUGUGGACGAGUGUGCGGACGGGCGCUGUGAGCAGGCCUGCGUCAACUCCCCAGGGGGUUACACCUGCCACUGUGACGGGCGUGGAGGCCUCAAGCUGUCCCCGGACAUGAACACCUGCGAGGAUAUUUUGCCCUGCGUGCCUUUCGAUGUGGCCAAAAGCAUGACGUCCUUGUACCUGGGCCGCAUGUUCAGCGGGACGCCCGUGAUCAGACUGCGCUUCAAAAGGCUGCAGCCCACCAGGCUGGUCGCCGAAUUCGACUUCAGGACCUUUGACCCCGAAGGCGUCCUCUUCUUUGCUGGAGGCCAUCAAGACAGCGCCUGGAUCGUGCUGGGCCUGCGAGCCGGCCGGCUGGAACUACAGCUCCGGUACCACGGUGUCGGCCGCGUCACCAGCAGUGGGCCUGUCAUCAACCACGGCAUGUGGCAGACGAUCUCCGUGGAGGAGCUGCACCGGAAUCUGGUCGUCAAGGUGAACAAGGACGCUGUCAUGAAGAUAGCGGUGGCCGGGGAUCUGUUUCAGCUGGACAGAGGGCUGUACCAUCUGAAUCUUACCGUGGGAGGCAUUCCCUUCAAGGAGAAGGACCUGGUGCAGCCUAUAAACCCCCGUCUGGACGGCUGUAUGAGGAGCUGGAACUGGCUAAAUGGUGAAGACACCACCAUCCAAGAGACGGUGAAAGCAAACCCCAAGAUGCAGUGCUUCUCUGUGACGGAGAAAGGGUCCUUCUACCCCGGGAGCGGGUUUGCCUUCUACAGCCUGGAUUACAAAGAGCCUCCUUGGGAUGUCCCAGAGUCUGUACCCAGCAGCAGUUGGAGGUGGGAGACCUCACUUCCCCCCACCCCAAGAGGCCCCCCGGCACAGCCAAGGCCCCAGCAUCGGAAGCACUUCCGACCACACCAUGCGCCUGGUCUCAUCACAGGAAAACUCGGUGCCAAGAAACACUCCUCUCCUCUGAUGGAAAUAAAGGCAACACUUGGCCACAGGGAAGAUCGCUGGGUUUUUUGGUUUUGUUUUUGGUUUUUUGGCUGCUUUUUCCAGUUCUGCGUGCAUUCAAUUCAGUGGACAAUUAUCAGGAACGGACCAUAGCAGACCCCACUUAGGGCCGGGAGACCCACAGAUGGUUCAGGGUGCUCGCAGUCCAGUGGAACCCAGGUCAUGGUUCACCUCGGCGCCAGCCCACCUGCGGCAAGGUCGUCUGAGCUCCCACGGAUGCAGCCCCUGCUCCGGCAUCACCCGCCCGAACGGGCUCCUUCGUCGGGACGUUGACAGUCUCUGAGACAGACGCACCCAAGCCGUGGGGCGGAGGGGGUCUUCGCGUGUUGCCGUCAGCAGACGAUUCAAGCGUAUGGAGGAAAUGUGCAUUGUAUUUGCCCCCAGAGAACCACGGUCCAACCCUUUCUACCAAAAUGUUUUCUGGAACUGUCCGUGCAAGAUCCGUAGGGAUAGCCUACAUGUCUUCCACUCGGACGCUCGUGCGUCCUAUCACUCAUACCUCACAUACGUAGACACAGGCGCCCAAGUGAGGGGUAAAGUGCUGGCCAUGCCGCGCUCAUGGCGUGAAGCCGUGGGGUCUGAGAAGGGCGCGUGGUGCUGCUUGCCUUCUAAGGUCUUCCAAGCACGUCCGACUUGGUCGAGCCCCCUGAAAGGUGCAGGUGAGAUGCCGUGGGGUUGAGGGCCGGGCGCUCCAGCGUGUCCUGCAGGAGAGGAAGGGGGGAUGCCAGGGAGGGGCGCCCACGGCCCAUGGGGCACAUGAUGGGUCAGGCGCUGGCAGCCAGCGAGGACACAGCCACCCCCGGGGGCCCACGUGCUCCCCAGUGGUCGGCUCCCUGGGGACAGGUUGUCCCGUGGCCUCCGCAGCAAGGCGGGGCCGACGGCUGCCACCCCCACUCACCGCGGCCGGCCCUGCCUGGAUCACCUUCUG